GGGCCGGUGUCUGCGCGCAGCGUGCGCGGCCGCGUGGGCCAUGGGGCGGCGGGCGCGGGGUCGGCGGCUCCAGCAGCAGCAGCGGUCGGAGGGCGUGGAGGACGGCGCCGAGGGCGGCGGGAAGCGCAGCGAGGCGGGCUGGGAAGGCGGGUACCCCGAGAUCGUCAAGGAGAACAAGCUGUUCGAGCACUACUACCAGGAGCUCAAGAUCGUGCCCGAGGGCGAGUGGGACCAGUUCAUGGGCGCACUCCGGGAACCCCUUCCGGCCACUUUGAGAAUUACUGGCUACAAGAGCCAUGCAAAAGAAAUUCUCCAUUGCUUGAAGAACAAGUAUUUCAAGGAAUUGGAAGACCUGGAGGUGGAUGGUCAGAAAGUUGAAGUUCCACAGCCACUAAGUUGGUAUCCUGAAGAACUUGCCUGGCACACAAAUUUAAGUCGGAAAAUCUUGAGAAAAUCUCCACAGUUGGAAAGGUUUCAUCAGUUCCUGGUUAGCGAAACCGAAUCUGGAAACAUCAGCCGACAGGAAGCCGUCAGCAUGAUCCCACCGCUGCUGCUUAAUGUUCAGCCACAUCAUAAGAUCUUAGAUAUGUGUGCAGCACCUGGAUCAAAGACCACGCAGUUGAUUGAAAUGCUGCAUGCUGACAUGAGUGUUCCCUUUCCAGAGGGAUUUGUGAUUGCUAAUGAUGUGGACAACAAACGCUGCUAUCUGCUUGUUCAUCAAGCCAAAAGGUUGAGCAGUCCCUGCAUCAUGGUGGUCAACCAUGACGCAUCCAGCAUACCUAGACUCACCAUAGAUGUGGAUGGAAGGAAAGAGGUUCUCUUCUAUGACCGGGUUCUGUGUGAUGUCCCUUGUAGCGGAGAUGGCACUAUGAGGAAAAACAUUGAUGUUUGGAAGAAGUGGACCACCUUAAACAGCUUGCAGCUGCAUGGCUUACAGCUACGGAUUGCCACCCGAGGAGCUGAGCAGCUGGCAGAGGGUGGGAGGAUGGUGUACUCAACAUGCUCGCUGAACCCCAUCGAGGAUGAAGCAGUCAUAGCCUCUCUGUUGGAGAAAAGUGAAGGUGCUCUUGAACUCGCUGAUGUGUCUGCUGAAUUGCCAGGGCUGAAGUGGAUGCCAGGCGUUACACAGUGGAAGGUUAUGACCAGGGAUGGGCAGUGGUUUGCGGAUUGGGCCGAUGUUCCCCAUAGCAGGCAUACCCAGAUUCGACCUACCAUGUUCCCACCAAAGGAACCGGAGAAGUUAGAGGCGAUGCACUUGGAGCGGUGCCUUAGAAUAUUACCACAUCAUCAAAAUACUGGAGGGUUCUUUGUGGCAGUAUUAGUGAAAAAAUCUUCCAUGCCAUGGAAUAAACGUCAACCAAAGGUACAGGGCAAAUAUCUAGAGACCAGAGAAGCCACACAGUUGAGCACUGCAACUCCCACAGAGGGGAAACCUGUGGAUGCCUUAGAGCCAGAAAGUCAGCUGGUCACUGGAACUGGUGACUCAGAGAUAACAACACCCGAGAAUUUAGAGAAUAAUGAAAAUAAGAAAGAUGGCGUGUGUGGUCCUCCUCCGUCAAAGAAAAUGAAGUUAUUUGGAUUUAAAGAGGAUCCAUUUGUGUUCAUUCCUGAAGAUGACCCAUUGUUUCCACCUAUUGAGAAAUUUUAUGCUUUGGAUCCGUCAUUCCCAAGAAUGAAUUUGCUAACUCGAACUACAGAAGGGAAGAAAAGGCAACUCUACAUGGUCUCUAAGGAGCUGAGGAAUGUGCUGCUGAACAACAGCGAGAGGAUGAAGGUUAUUAACACAGGGAUAAAAGUCUGGUGUCGAAAUAACAGUGGUGAAGAAUUUGAUUGUGCCUUCCGGUUGGCACAGGAGGGAAUAUAUACAUUGUAUCCAUUUAUUAAUUCAAGAAUUAUUACGAUAUCAAUGGAAGAUGUGAAGACAUUGUUGACUCAAGAAAAUCCAUUUUUUAGAAAACUCAGCAAUGAGACAUACAGUCAAGCCAAGGACCUGACAAAAGGAAGUGUCGUGCUGAAGUAUGAGCCGGAUUCUGCGAAUCCAGAUGCCCUGCAGUGCCCCAUUGUGCUGUGUGGCUGGCGGGGAAAGGCCUCCAUUCGAACUUUCGUGCCCAAGAAUGAACGACUCCAUUACCUCAGGAUGAUGGGGCUGGAGGUGUCUGGAGAAAAGAAGAAAGAGGGGGUUGCUCUCACUGAAGACAGCACAGCCACCACUGAACUGCCGGAGGAUGGGCUGGGUGAGGAGUUGAGAGCAGAGGAGGCAGGCCUUCCGGAUGCCACCCCUGGCUGUGACCCCACAGCACCCGAUCCACCCCGAUGAGGACACCCCACAGCGCACGAUCCACCACGAUAAGCUAAUAAUGAUGAUGCGUAUAUCAUCAAGGGCCGGUCUCCGUUGGCCCUUGGUGACAAACUAAAUUAAGAAUGUCUUCUGAGCUGUAAAGUAUAUAUUUUUUAAAACUGAAAACUGAUGGAAAGAUCGAUGGAGCAGUCUGGGAGGAUUGGUACUGCUUCUGGGUGGAGCUCGUGAGAAAGUGUCUUUUAGCUCCCCUCCUAGUCGCUUGUCUGUCAUGGUGACAGGCUUUCACCUUUAAGCCAUCCUCCUCUCAAGAAAGUUGCCCCUGUAGAAUGUCUGGUCCCUUUUCUUAGACCUAUAUUGGUCUUAAGGUCCAGUCUCUUAAGUUAUUUAUAGGAAGAAUUUAUAGCUCCUUAUAAAGUCUUGGGGACGUCCCUUGGCUUCCUAGCAGUGUUGAGUUGCACAUGGGCAGUGUGGAGAGGAUGUGCAGUGGGGUUGUUAUCUGGACCUCAGAUGACUUCUGUGCCUUUGUAAUAAAAGGUGAAUAUAACUUUUCAGAGUAAGUUCUCUGUUGUGAACUGGGAUACUAAUUACGGGGCCUUUACGUGCUUUUAUUCAGUUUUUAUUUCUAAAUGGGGUUGGGGUCUUUUUUUAUUUUAAAUGAGGUUGGGAACCCUUGAGAUGUUUAAAUAAAGAGCUAUUAAUGAUGAUGCGUA